AUGAGUUUCCGCAAGCGUUCCGUUGUAUUAAAUACGUCCGGUGGUAAUAAUCCCAAUCCGACCACCGCUGCAUCGGGUGCCCCGCCAUCCACCCCGCCAACCCCACCAGCGAAGGGUGUUCGGCCGUCGUUUUUGACCGGAGUACCCACGACUUCCACGGGAACUGCGUCAUUGGAUGCAUUACUGUCUGGCCAUGAAGGUCUACCACUUGGGUCGAUGAUGUUGAUUGAAGAGUCCUCGACGACGGACUUUGCAGGGGCCUUGUUACGAUACUAUGCUGCUGAGGGGAUUGUUCAAGGACAUAAUGUGGUCGUUAUAGGAGUUGGUGAAGCUUGGGGUAGGGAGUUACCGGGACUAAGUGAUCGUAAAGAAGAUAAUGAGGAUAUUAAGAAGAAGGGGAAGGAAGAGAGAAUGAAGAUUGCAUGGCGAUAUGAAGCACUUGGGAACCGAAGAACUAACGAUUCUUCACCAUCUCUACAAAUGGGGACGGAUGCUUCCGAGCCAAUAUCUCUCUUCUGUCAUACUUAUGACCUUACUAAACGGCUCACGAUCCCCUCGUCUUCGAAGCCGCCAACAUACAUUCCACCCCCACCGCCAACCUCUUCUUCUCCGUUUUCUUCAAUUCUUUCAGCUUUAUAUGCUAUUCUAUCGACAGCAUCUUCUACAAACACUAUCACCCGGGUUUUAAUUCCCAAUCUUCUAUCCCCGUUGUUUUACCCCCCGUCAUCCUCCCACCCUACUCAUCUCCUCCAAUUCAUCCAUACCCUCCGCUCUCUAACCCGUCAAUACUCCCAUAUCUUAACCAUAAUGAUAUCCUUCCCUCUACCCCUCUACCCUCGCACAACAGGCCUAACCCGCCACCUUGAACACCUCUCAGACGCAGCCAUCGAGCUACACCCAAUACCCACCUUCCUCGCUCGGUUUGAAAUGACAAAAUCAUCUUCAUCGUCCACAUCAACAGACGACAUCCCACAAGGGCUUGUAAAAGUCUGGAAAGCGAUAGAAGGCAAAAAAGGCACAGGGAUUGUAGGGAAUAGUAGUAAAGGUGAUGGAAGCGGUGGAGUAGUGGGAAUGGAAGGAGGGGAUGAUCUGGCAUUCAUGUUGACGAGAAGGAGGAUGAGAAUUGAAAGGUUUAGCUUGCCGGUUGAUGAAGGGGAUGAUGGCGGUGAUGGGGAGCAUAAAGCGCAUAAUCCUAGUAGUACGGUCGGGGAAGGGGUUGGAGGGGUGGAGACCGGAAAGAAGAUGCAUAAAGUCGAUUUGGAGUUUUAG